CAAGUUAAAAGUCAUUAAAUUUUUACUUCAACUCAGUAUAUAUAACAGCAGGUGUUGAUUGAUUUAUACAAGUUCACAGUCUUGAUUAUUUAUUUAAUCUUGUUAAACAUAAAUAUGAUUAGAAAAAUCUUGUUUGGAUUUUUCCUCAUCUGCCUGGUAAAUGGCCAAGAGUGGUCCUUAAAACUAAAUCGAACAGAAAUAAAAAUUAAAAUUGAUGACACAAAAGAGGCAACAUUUAAUAUUUCAUUUCCAAAAAUUAUUCCAGAAAAAUGGAAAUUAAUUGCAAAUACAUCUGAUGAAGAUUUAGUAUCAAUUGAAGUACCAGAAUUUAAAAAUAUUACAAAAGAAAAUAUUGUUUGGAAUGAAAGGAUAAAAAUUAAAGGCCUUAAUUUAGGAAAAACAAAAAUUACUCUCAAUGUAAUUACAAAUGAGGGAAUCUCAGCAUCUUCUGAGACUUUGCUGGUGACAAUAAUACGUCCAGAAAGAUUAAUUGAUACAAUAUUUGUCAUAAGUGUUGCAACACUUGUUUCAAUACUUUAUAUUAAUUUUGGCUGUGCCAUAGAUUGGCAAAUAAUAUGUGAAACAAUGAAAAAACCAAUUGGUCCACUAAUUGGUGGUGUGUGCCAAUUUAUAAUAAUGCCACUUAUUGCAUUUGGUAUUGGUCAAAUUUUAUUUCCCAAUAAUCCAGAAAUGCAAAUUGGAAUAUUUUUCACUGGUAUCAGUCCAAGUGGUGGUGCAUCCAACAUGUGGACAUUAUUACUUGGUGGUAAUUUAAAUCUUUCAAUAGCAAUGACAGCUUUAUCUACGCUUGCAGCUUUUGUUACAAUUCCAUUGUGGGUUUUUACAUUGGGUAAAUAUAUUUUAGAAAAAGGAAAACUUCGUGUACCUUAUAGAAAUAUUAGUACAAUGGCAAUUGGUCUUAUUAUUCCACUUGGAAUUGGUUUUUUAAUACAAAAAAAAUAUCCAAAAUUAUGUAAAACAAUGGUGCGAAUAACAAAAACAUUUUCAUCAAUAUUAAUUCUUUUUAUUGUUAUAUUUGCAAUUAUUACAAAUUUUUAUUUAUUCAAGUUAUUUUCUUGGAGGAUUGUUUUAGCAGGAAUGGGUCUUCCUUGGCUUGGUUUUAUGUGUGGUUUAAUUGCCAUGACUUUAUUUAAACAACCAGUUACAGAUAUCAAAGCAAUUGCCAUUGAAACUGGAAUUCAAAAUACUGGAAUUGCUAUUUUUUUACUUAAAUUUAGUAUGUCUCAACCAGAAGCAGAUCUUACUACUGUUAUUCCUGUGUCUGUUGCUGUGAUGACUCCAUUACCACUAUUAAUUGGAUGGAUCAUAAAAAUAGUUGUUGAUAAAAAAAAAAAAAAACUCAAUGGAUCGUCUGAAAUAUUCGAAACUGAUCAUGUACCAGUUACCAUUAACAGCAAAGAAAAAUCUUUACAAAACUAGUUACAUAAUUAAAAUUUGUUAAAUUUAAAAUUAAUUGAGCAACAUCAAAUGGGGAUAAAUGGAAAAUUGUUAUUUUGUUUUUUAAUUUAUAUUUAAUGCAAUUUUAUUGUUUGUAUAUUUAAUUUGUUUUUGUUGUUUUUAUUUGUUGUUAAUUGUCAGUACCUCGUCUACUCUCAUUUGGAUCAAGAUUAUUUUUAUUUUUUUGUCAUCAGGUCAAUCAUACAGUAGACUCAUAUGUG